AUGUCGUACAACGCAGAUGAUUGUCCCGAUAGCGGCGAUACGGUCGGGGCCGGUGGCGGAUCAGCCGCGGCCGGGGGUGGCGGUGGCACGACCGGCGAGUUAAAUUGCGCGACACCGACCUCACCCGGGAUGACGCGGCAGGACGCGGUGGUGAUGCACGGUGACGGUGGUUCGAUCGAUGGGGGCGAUCCGGCCAGUAUGCCACCGAUGGCCGGCUACGAGCCAUGCGAUCCGCUAAUUAUCUUGAAUCUAUUUCAAUCCCUUUCCGCCACCACCAACUCGCUGGAGCUGCAGAUGAAAAUCAAUCUUCACCUGAAGGCCCUCACCAAAUCACCGUACGUUUUUCUCGUGCCGAUCCUGCAUUCCAGCGAGGAAGGUCUCAUACAGGUCAUUAACGAUAACGUGCUCGAAAAGGAGAUUCGCUUUUCCAUCAACUCGUCACAUUUCCGCAGCGGUUCACAGCACAACGGCUACCCGUUCGUCAUCGAUGACCUUAACAAGGAUUUUUCCGAAGUGAUCGAAAUGGUCGUCGGUAAUAAGCACAACACCCUGAUCUACGACAUCCUCGGUCCGAAGGUAAGCAAACUCCAGUCGCAAACAUCGACGACAUCGGCCUCCUCGACGUCAUCGCUGAACGAGCUGAACUUCACGUCCGCCCAGCAGUCGCACAAUGGCGCAACAAUGGUCGGACCGCACCAGCAACAGCAGAUCGCCCUGUUCGUCUGCAUUGCCGGUGACAGUUUGUCCCGAUCGCGGUAUCAGUUCUACAUCGACGAUACGUUCCGGUACGUACUCGGACACCUGGUGACGGCGUUCGAGCUGUACGAGGAGAAGCGUGUUCGUGACCAGUGCCAAAAUUUGCUGCAAGUGGCCCGCCGGUUGCUGGGGAAAAUAGGUGAUCUGGGGCAGCUGCUGCGGGGCGUCAUGACGGAGGCGAAGGAACUGGCGGCUGCAGAACGAUGCUCUCUAUUUCUGCUCGACAAGCAUACCGGCGAACUGGUUUCGAAGGUUUUCGAUGGCAAUGAGGCUUCGAAAGAGAUACGCAUCGAAAGCGGCAAAGGGAUCGCGGGCUACGUCGCACAAACUGGCAAACUGCUAAACAUUCGCAACGCAUACCAACAUCCGCUGUUCUACAAAGGGGUGGAUGAGUCGACCGGCUUCAAAACGAGGAAUAUACUGUGUUUUCCCAUCUGCGACGAGGAAGGCGUUAUCGGUGUUGCCCAGCUGUGCAAUAAGUUGAACGGGUUCCAUUUCGACAAGUGUGACGAAGAGGUGGCGACCGCAUUCUCCGUGUACUGUGGCAUCAGUAUUAUGCACGCUCUGGUGCACAAACAGGUCCAGAAGGCCGAGGCACGGUACAAACUGUCCCAGGAGUUGUUGCUCUAUCACAUGAAGGUGCCGGAUAUGGAGGUAAAUCACGCACUGGAAGCGGUGAAGGAACCGGACCGGGAGCAGGACGAACUCUAUCGGACCUUUCCGCGCUUUGAUUUCUGUCCGCGGGAUGUGAAAGAUCAUGCCCUUUCGGUGCAGCUGGCGAUGCGAAUGUUCUACGAUCUGAACUUUGUCGGCAGCUUCAAGAUACACGAGUACAAGCUGGCCCGGUUUGUGUUGCUGGUGCAGAAGGGUUACCGGGACACACCGUACCAUAACUGGUGGCAUGCAUUCUCCGUUGCGCACUUUGCGUACUCGCUCAUAAUGAAUCUACGGUUGAUUGAGCGUGGCAUUAUAACCAAAAUGCAGGGCUUUUCUUUUCUGAUUGCGGCCUUCUGUCACGAUCUGGACCAUCGGGGCAUUAGCAAUUCGUAUCAGACGCAGACGAGCAGCCCGCUCGCUCGGCUCUACAGCAGCGAGGGAAGUGUAAAUGAGCGUCACCAUCUCUCGCAGGCUAUCUGCAUUCUGAAUGACUCGAGCAGCAAGAUACUGGACGGACUAUCGACGACGGAGUUCAAGGAGUGUAUCGACUAUCUCCGGGAGCUUAUCUUGGCCACCGAUUUAGCGAACCAUUUUCGCAUUCUGCCACGGUUGAAGAAGUUGCGGGCAGAAUAUUUGACCGAAGGUUCCAACCAGCGGCUGCUCCUAUCCCUCAUGAUCACUUGCUGCGAUCUUAAUGAUCAGGUCAAAUCCUGGAAAACGGUGCAACACGUAGCGCACUUGGUUUAUGCGGAAUUCUUCGCCGAAGGCGACCUGGAGAAGCAGAUGGGUCUCCGGCCGAACGCGAUGAUGGAUCGCAAAAAGGCCUGCAUACCGAUGUUGCAGAUCGAAUUCCUUACCACCGUCAUACGGCCGACGUUUGAAAUAUUGGUGCAAAUCUUUCCGGAAACUGGUUCAUUUCUGGACACGAUCGAUAGCAAUCGCGAGCAGUGGGAAAGGGUACGAAACCGGGCCGCACAGCAGCAAGGCAAUGGCAGUGAUACAUCCGGCAACGGUACAACCGAACCGUGCAACGGUUGUAAUGCGACUGCAGAAUGUUGUGAUUUUACCUGUUACACCAAGGUGAACGAUUAA